UAUAGAGUACUGAACAAAGGCACUGAGGAAAACAUAAAAUCAAUAUAAAAGAAAUGCAGAAUGCCUUCGUUUCAUUGUUUGUUUUGAUUAUCUAUUUUCAUUCACUAUUAUAACAACACAAUAACAAUACAUUAUUUACUCUCGCUCAUAUUUUAUUAAAAGUUCAGUAAUUAGAAAUGAUUUCAGCUUCAAUUUUAGUAUUCUCAUUAUUGAAUCUUUUAAGGGUUACUCAAGCCGCUCAAUCAGCUGUUAAAUUGGUUGUUGAAUCGGAAAGUUCCGAAAUUGAUACAUAUGGCAUCGGUUCUCGUCAUGAAGGUGCUGGUAUUAGCUAUUUUUUUAUUGGCACAACCAGUGAUUCCGAAGACCUUACAUAUGAUGAUUCCACACAGAAACUCACUUCAGACAGAUUUGGACAAUAUCCAAGUUGGGUUGGAUUUACAGGCGAAAUUCAGCUCUUACAACUAGCAGUGAUGGAGACAGAGGAUUUGUACGGUUUUGACAGCGACAACUACUUGUUACUAAACGGGGCAAUUCCAGGGUUGUGGGCUUGUAAGAAUAUUAAUGAUCCUUAUAGAUAUUCGGAAAGUUCUUAUGCUAUCUUAAAGACUAAAGCCAAUGAUGAUUGUUUAUCAUUGAAAUUGAAAAACUCAGUUGGUGGAUCAUCAGGUGGUAGUUCUUCUAGCAGUGUUACUGUUUCUUCUUCUGGCAGUAUUACUUCUUCUGUAUCCAAGCCAUCAUCAGUAAGCGAAUCGUUUAGUGGAUACAACUCAACUUCAUCUGAACUAUCAGGCACCAAAUCUUUAUCAAGUUCGAAAACAUCGGAAACCGGUGCACCAAGUGUGACUCAACAAGAAAACGCUGCUGGUGCAUUGGCUUUUCAAUCAAUUGGUUUAACCUCAUUGUUAUCAUUCAUUGCAAUGUUUUUCUUCUAAUUUAAUUUAGUUUUCUAAUUUAAUUUUAAUCACAUUUUCAAUUUAAAGAAAGUGAUUAUGCUUAUCAAUUUUUUUUUAUUUUUUACAUUUUUUAUUUUUUACAUUUUUUAUUUAUGAUUUAGUAGUGUAUACAGUUUGGAUAUUUUAUUUUCCUUGCUUUCAUUAUUCAAUAAAAUAUUUCAGAUUAUUAU